AUGUCUAUCCCGUCUUCUCAGCUGGGUGUUUUCAUCAAAGGUUCGACUCCCUCGUUCGUCGUUGAGAGACACCCCGUCCUCCAGCCAGGUCCAGGCGAAGCUCUCAUCAAGGUCAGAGCAGUGGCCGUCAACCCCACCGACUGGAAGAUUAUUGUUUUCGGUGGAGCACAACCUGGAAAUGGUUCGGGAAAUGACUACGCAGGAGAGAUAGUCGCCCUCGGGCCUGGGACACAUACUGUUGAAGUCGGUCAACGGGUCGCCGGGUGGAUGCACGCCGCCUUUGACAAGACACAUUUUGCAUUUCAAGAAUAUUUAAUAACGCGCUCCGACUUACUUAUCAAAGUUCCUGCUAACAUACCCAACGAGGAGGCCGCCGCUAUCCCCGUCGGCGCCACUACGGCUAUCAUUGGCCUUUCCCGCUUGUUUGACUUUCCUCAGAGAGCGCCUUUGGGGAAGACUAUCCUAGUCUGCGGAGGCGCAUCGUCGGUUGGCAUGUACGUUUGUCAGUUGGCAAAGAUAUCUGGUCUACGUGUUAUCGCCACUGCAUCCCGCGGGAACUUUGAAGUUGUUAGCUCCCUUGGGGCGAGUGCCGUGGUCGAUCGCCACGCCUCUGAUGUUCAGGAACAAAUCAUACGGGAGGCAGGACCAGCAGGUGUUGACUACGUGUUCGACGCUGUGUCUUUCGGCUCGACCAUCACGAUAGCCAGCAGCGUCCUCAAUGCCAAGCUGGGCGGUUUCAAGAAGGCUGCUGUGGUCUUGCCCAUCCCGCCGUCCAGUUUGGAUCCUCAUGUGGAAUAUCACUCGGUUGGUAUCCAGACCAUCUGGAACAAACCCUACGAGUUCUUGGGAGCUAGUAUUCCGGCCCUUCCGAGGGACAUGGAGACUGCGAAGGCGGGCUACCAAGCCGUGAGUGACUGGCUCGAGAAAGGUAAAUUCAAGGCCAAUCCUGUCGUACUUGGAGAUGGUGGCUUGCACGGAGUCCCGGAUGGUAUUGCUGCCGUCCAAGCUGGCAAGAUCACUGGAUCGAAGCUGGUGUACCGGAUCUCCGGUUAG